AUGGCAGCAACAGGAGCGGCGCCGCCUUCCGAGGACGGCUCCUGGACGCGUGAUUGCCGAAUGGUAACUCUACAGGAGGCAGAUUCCCGGGCGAACUGCACUGGCCAGCAACCUCAAGAGGGAUCCCUUCCUCCCGCUGUCUCCUUCGGGGGAGUCGGCGGGACCAUUCCUCCCCACAGACAGCCCAUAUUUCACAGUGUGGCCAUGUCGAAUGUCCCCUGCACCUCUACCAAGACACUGGAGCAACCAGCCAUGAAUCCCGGUGGCUCUUUGGGAGGGGCUACAGUGCAAACCGAACCUGCAGAGGGGACCUCCGUCCAGUCGUGGCUAAUUUUGCAGCAUAGACAGAUGCAACAGCAGCUUUACUACGAUGGGCAGCAGAUGGUCCAGCAGCACCUGCAUCAACAGCGUUCCCAAGUACUGCAGCAAGGAACCCACGGGGAGUCGCCCCACGUGAGCAUUGGAGAAGUGUCACACUGGCAGAACUCCAUGGAAUAUCCACCAGAGAAACCCGCAGGCUUUGGAUACGGCAGCCCUUGUAUGAUGCCAUCUCAGGCACCUCCCCAAUACACCGUGUCAUCCAUGCCAUCUGCCCCCUUCGCCGCUGAGGCGCAUCUAACGGGACAGCCACAGCUUGCAGCUUGGCAAACUGGCAACACUCCACAGCGCGAAACCCUAAGUCCUCCACCUACAAGUGCUGCUUCCCCGUAUUCCUUCGGUGUGUGCUUGGGUAAUCCUCAAAGCCCCCCAGGAGGUCUUAGAGGAGGACCAGAAGCGCCCAGAGCGACAGAGCCCUGGUAUUCCAUGCAGCAGCAGCAACCAGUUGGGAACUUACAGGCGCCACCAGCCAUGUUCCCUCCUGUGGGGGGUCCCUCAGCGCCUUUACUUAAAGCAGAAGGUAAGAGCUCUCGGGCGUGCAAGGUGGGCGGCUCUAGGCGGCGAGGUGAUCCAGGGACAGAAGGAGGGGUCCCCUCGGGAUGUUCGUCAAGCACGCGACCAGCAAAAUUCUUCAAGCAGCACUCUCCAGCCAAGGGGGCUCUCAAAUCCCGGGGGAAGACGACAGCUUCUCAAGGAGUUGGCGUAGAAGAAGCGGGGACUAAGGAUACCUCUAAUGGCUCUGCCGUCUGCCCAGCCUCAGGGCAGGCUCCAUUGGGGACCCAAGCCAGCGGAACAACCAAGCCCUCUUCAGGGUCAGUCGAUGCGGGGGAAGGCAACAAUACCGCUCCCAGGGCUAACGCCCGACCCCGUACAGUGAGGCCUUCAGAAGUAAUGGCAAAAAUGUAUUUUCAUAGGAAAAAGGAGGCGUGGAGAGCAGAACUUCUGAUAGAAGGCACAAAGAAGCAGAAGUCAUUUUCGUGUCGGCUCUAUGGCUAUGAACGGGCCCGGCUCAUGUGCGAGUGGGCCCGAAAAUUUGUACUUAGGACAAGCCGUUUGCCUACAGACGAAGAAACGUGCACCUCGCUUGCCUCUCUCAUGAAAGAGCCCUUGCCAACUCAUGUACCUACGGCUAUGCCCUGUACAGAGUGUCCCGGAGCCCCUGGGGGAUCUCAAGGUUCCUAUCUGAGCUCUGGAGAUGCGCAAGCGGCGCAUUCGUCCAAAAUUAAAAACACGGCUGUAUCUGUUCAGCAGCAGCAACAAUCGGAAGUUUCUGCAGCACUGAACGCCGGCAAUGCUUCAACACGGGAAGUCAGCCACGGAACUAGUGCCUCUUCCCCACCAGGUGCAAAGUGUCCCUUGGAACAGCAGCCCACAGCUUCUGGGAUGUGCAAGAAACGAAAGGAGCCUGCGAAAUCAGGAGAAUUCACCACAAAGGUGCGGAAAGCAGCUGAAGCGCAGGUCGGAGCAACAGUAAAGAAAGGCCAAGGGUCAAGGGGUGCUGUUGAAAUCCACAAUGACCCCACCUUCAUGGGCUCUCGACAGAUGUCGCGCACAGAUGUUCUUGUGGCUGGCUCUGGCGGGAAAGCAGCGAACCCAACAGAGUGCAAAGGGGAAGCAACCCAGCACAUGCUUUCGCCUUAUAUUUCUUUUAUCAGUUCCGACAGCCCAACUGCUCCAUACACGAACCCUCUAGCCAACUGUGGGAAUGCAGAAUUGCAAGAACUGUCGGCAGAGCAUGGCCCUCCACUUUCCCAAGAAGUAGGAACACGACCCGGAAUUCUCCAAGAUGAGCUACAGGCGAAAGCUGCAGAAUUGUGCCCUAGAGAUUCUGAAGCCAACGGAACAGAUGGCACUAAUCCAUGGUUUGAGGAGCUGGAACAGCUUAAAAAGAUCAGCCGGCCAAAAGGAGGACGUGCCAAGCGAUUUAAUGUGGGCAAGAAACCAUUCAGUGGCGUGCGUGGCAUUUACUUCCAGCAGGGAUUGUGGAAAGUGAAGUACCGAGGAGAACAAGAGGAAGCCAUGAAGCUCUUUCCAUACAGUCCAGGGGAUGAAAAAGACAUGAAAUCUCAGUUUGAGCUGGCGAGAUCCUUUCUGAGACAAGUGAUUGACAAGGGACGCCAACUUCAUGACAGUGACGGAGAGGGCCUCUCUGAAGACGAACCCGCCUGGCUAGUAAGAAGCAACAGCUCAAGCAAGUGGGCCUGUAAGAAGGAACAGAGCACCGUUUCUUCGAAGACUGAGCAAACGCCGCGUCCCAAAUCCCCCACUGCACAACCCCUACGUAGGCGAGCCCCCACUUCUAGCAAAACGUCCCGCCCCGACGCCACCAACGACCUUCCCAGAGUACCCCUGCCUGGCGCAGCAGGAGAGUGUCAGAGCAAUGGUGUUGUACGACCGUACUUCUCUCAUGGAAGUCCCUUACAGCAGGAUGGAGCCCAACUCCCCCCGGGACUCCCUGUAUCCGCCCCAGGAGCAGCAUAUGCCCCCGACACUCCCGUAGAUUCUCGCUCGUGGAUUCAGGGGACAGCUGUUGAGGGAGCAUCGGCGGAGCCUCCAGAAGAAGAGACUUGCGGCCAGCAACUACGCGGUGGGGCUGAAGCGAUAGCACAGUGGGGGCCGUUGACGGAGCCUGGGGAGGGAGAGACCCUAGCCAAUCGCCCCCCUGAACUGCGACUUCCACUGAUGCCAUGUAGAGGAGUGUUUACUACGGGUGACAGCCCCAUGUACCAGCGGCCGUCUCCUAAGGAGAAGUCGCCCUUCUCUCACGAAGGUAGCACAGGGUUCUUUUCAGCUGUGACGACUGCGACCGACGAAGCCCUGCCUGUGGCGAGUUGGAACGCCAACGAAGGGACCACAACAGUGGCCGGAGCUUCGCAUUCAAAGGCUUCAAACGGACACUACUCUACAAACUAUUUCUGCUGUCAGCCAUUCAGUGCUCCUGCCGAAGACAGAGGUUCAGUCGUCUCCUCGGGUGUCUCUCAUUCAUCUGAAGGAGCUCAGCUGGUUGCUUUUCCCACCAACCGAAACCUUCAGGAGCCGGAUCUGGGUUUGUCGCAAGGCGAAUUUUUGCAGCACAUGCAUUUAGGCCAAUCGGGCGGUGUCCCACCAUCCAGCCCGUAUUCUUGCGGAAAUGCAGUGGCCACACCCAUGAGUCUACUUCAACCAUUUGAAGGUACUCCAAAAAGCUCCGAGAGCUUUCUUCAGUUUCGUCCCUUCUUAGGCCAGCAAACGGGUCAACUUGAGACAUCUCUUGGGGAGGAACUCCUCUCCGGCGCGGGCUACGCAUGUGAAUUUAACAACGCCAUGGACAGCCGCCAUUCAACGGCGCAGCAGAUGAGAGCAGACGUUCCCUUAUUGCCUUCCACAAGUGUAAGGGGGAUUGCUCUAGUCGAGCACGCUGAAGCGGCGGCCGGAUCAGCCCGUCCCUCCCAUUGCGACUCUCAAGCCAGCCCAUGGGCUCUGGCUAGCCCUCUGACGCUGUGCAGGCCCAAAGAGGAAGCGAGAGCACGCGGUGCAGGCGCCCCUGAAAAGGCAGGGCCGCUCGGGCAAAGCGUUUCCGCAAACUUUUCUGGCGAAAUGUUACCCUCUCGCCGUCCAGCAGCACUUCCGUGGUUGGUUGUAAAACCACGUGAAGAGGAAGAGAAGGCCUUGACUCCUCUAGCGGCCAAGGCCUCUGGAUAUCUGCUACAGGGGGCCCCAAUGAGCUGCACAUGCAAUCAAUAUCACGCGAAUUAA